AUGAAAACCCUCAGCAGAUCCAAUAACUCCAGCACCAUCUCUGGCUUCAUCCUCCUGGGAUUCCCCUGCCCCAGGGAAGGGCAGAUCCUCCUCUUUGUGCUGUUCUUUGUUGUCUAUUCCCAUGCCCACCCACUGAAGCUCCAGAGAUCUGGCAGCAGCCUCCCCACACUGCCAAGCAUCUCUACCACAUCAGUGACCACCAGUGCCCUGGCUUCACCAGUACCUAAAGCCAUCAUCAUCAUCUCCCAGAUGUCCUUCUGUGGGUCCAGGAUUAUAGACCAUUUCCUAUGUGACCCAGGCCCUCUGUUGGCUCUCAGCUGUUCUAGAGCCCCACUGAUGGAAUUUUUCUGGACAAUAAUAAUGUCUCUGCUCCUUUUUACUCCUUUUCUCUUCAUCAUAGGAUCUUAUAUGUUGGUCCUACGAGCUGUGUUUAGAGUUCCUUCAAGAGAUGGACGAAGAAAGGCCUUGUCCACUUGUGGGCCCCAUGUGACUGUGGUUUCUCUUUUCUAUGGCUCAGUGAUGAUCAUGUAUCUGAGCCCAACAUCUGAGCAUGAAGCAGGAAUGCAGAAACUUGUGACUCUGCUUUAUUCUGUGGUUACUCCACUAAUUAAUCCUGUGAUCUAUAGUCUGAGAAACAAAGAUAUGAAGCAUGCAAUGAGGAAGCUUUUGAAAACAUGA